AUAAAGCCUCAAUUCAAUUUAUUAUUACAUGCAAUUGUUUUUUUUUUUAGCCCUUUUAGUUUUGGCAAUUGCACGUGUUUUGGCGUUUUCCUGCCUAUAGUCGACAACACUGAUAAUCGUAAUCAUGUCCAGCAAUCUCGCCCGAAGCACCUACAAAUUAUUUGUAGGAAACUUACCUUGGACAAUUAGUAGCAAGGAGCUGAAGAGUUACUUUUCCCGUUACGGCCACGUGGCCAACGCUGAAGUUGUAUUCGACAAACAACUCGGUCUUUCCAAACACUAUGGAUUCGUCGUCUUCAGCCACCGGGAAGCCUUCAACACGGCGAGUAAUCAGAAUACACACUUUCUAGAGGGAAGAGUGCUUAAUGUUCAAAGAGCAAACGAGAGUCCUUAAUGAAGCUUUACCAAAAAUACAAUAAAUACACCAAAUAAUUAAAUGUAA